AUGAAGCAUUGGCUGCAGAAUGGCAUGUCUUUAUCAUUUCCCUCCGAUGAUUCCGUCAGAUGUAAUUGUAUCCUGUUGAAAAACUGUGAGACAUUUAAUGAAUUUAUAGAUCUCUCAAGCGAUAUACCCUUCAUUACGAGGACAAUCAAAGAAGCCAUAUGUAAUUUUGACGGGACAAAUAUAUAUGUCUGUUGUCCAGCGAGAAUACCCUAUAAGCGACAUGCAAAAGGAAAUCCAAAAUUAGAUUAUUUAGAUGAAUUGACGGGCCUCAAUUGUCCUCCAUCAUUUGGUGAAGAAUACAAUUAUGAUGAAUAUUUAAGGCAACAUCCAGAAGCGGAUAUUGAAGGAGAAGAUGAUGCUAGUACCACCGGAAAGGAGUCUGGCAAAAGAGAACGGGUCGAUAUAAAUGGAGUACUGUGUAGUCGUUCACGUAAUUGUGUUCGUUUUAAAUUUCCCACUGAUGAUGCGCCAACAUAUCCUAGACCCACACCACACCCCGACUAUCAUGGAUAUGAUCAUAAUUUUGCUGCACCACUUUAUCCAUUCAAUGAGAAUCCCCAUCGCCAUCAUCAUCAUCACCACCAUUAUCAUUAUGAUUAUCAUGGUUACAAUAUUGCCGAUCAUAGUCAAGAAGAAACUUUUGUGGCACCCAAAACCACACCACCGCCACAGAAUGUUAAUUCAGAGACGUCUGUUUGUGGUAUUUUACCAAAGGGUCAAAGUUCUGAAGUUUAUCCUUGGAUUGUUAGAUUGGCAUAUUUAAAUACAACCAGCAGAACUGUUCGUCAUAGAUGUUUGGGUACAAUAAUUUCUAGACAGCAUAUCCUAACCGCAGCCCAUUGUGUGGACAACUUAGUGAGAGAUUUAAGACUAAUUUACGCUCGUGUUGGUGAUGAUACAAAUUUUCAAGAUUUCAAAAUAAUCGAGACCACAAUACAUCCUGACUACAAUGAUCCAUUGUUCAAUAAUGAUGUUGCUCUCGUCAGAUUAGCCAAGACACACAAUUCCAAAAUACCAUUAGUACAAAUCUGCUUACCUCAAAAUGAUAGUGAAAUUGCAACGGGCAAUACGGGUAUUGUGGCUGGUUGGAGUGAUAAUGCAAAUUCCAAUGUUGCCAUUUCUAUGGUGCGUUACAUCAACCUGCCCAUACUAAAUAAUACAGAAUGUGCCAUACGCUACGCCAAGUACAGUGAAAACUUUGAAAAUAGCAUUGUCAUAACUCCAAGUGAAUUUUGUGCUCAAUCUGAAGCCAAAAGAGAUGUGUGUGAAGGUGACAGUGGUGGCCCCUUUAUGAAUCGCUCGAAAUCUGGUCAAUACACCCUCUUGGGUAUUGUGGCAUUUGGACCCAAAACAAAUUGCGGUCAAUCUAAUUUGCCCGGUGUAUAUAUGCGUGUCAGUUCAUAUGUUGAUUGGAUUCAACAAAAUAUUAGUUAAAUUAAAGAAAAUUAGAAAAUACAAAAAUUAUUU